UACAGUUCUGGAGGAGGUGUUGAAGACCAGAGAGGGAGGAGAGCUGCCCAAGACCCUGACUGAGAUGUACAUCCACUUCCUGGUGGUUCAGUCCAAACUGAAGAACACCAAGUAUGAUGGAGGAGCUGUGACAGAUCCACACUGGACUCCAGAGAGCAGGAAGAUGAUUGAGUCUCUGGGAAAACUGGCUUUUGAGCAGCUGCAGAAAGGCAACCUGAUCUUCUAUGAAUCAAACCUGACAGAGUGUGGCAUCGAUAUCAGAGCAGCCUCAGUGUACUCAGGAGUGUUCACACAGAUCUUUAAAGAGGAGAGAGGGCUGUACCAGGACAAGGUCUUCUGCUUCGUCCAUCUGAGCGUUCAGGAGUUUCUGGCUGCUCUUCAUGUCCAUCUGACCUUCAUCAACUCUGGUGUCGAUCUGCUGACAGAAGAACAAUCAACCUCUCUGCUGUCUAGGCUGUUUGGAGACAAGUUAAAACAUCUCUACCAGAGUGCUGUGGACAAGGCCUUACAGAGUCCAAAUGGACACCUGGACUUGUUCCUCCGCUUCCUCCUGGGACUUUCACUGCAGACCAAUCAGAAUCUCCUACAAGGUCUGCAGACACGGACAGGAAGUGGCUCAGAAACCAAUCAGGUAACAGUGAAGUACAUCAAGAAGAAGAUCGAAGAGACUCCCUCUGCAGAGAAAAGCAUCAAUCUGUUUCACUGUCUGAAUGAACUGAAUGAUCGUUCUCUAGUGGAUCAGAUCCAACAGUCCCUGAGUUCAGGAAGUCUCUCCACAGAUAAACUCUCUCCUGCUCAGUGGUCAGCUCUGGUCUUCAUCUUACUGUCCUCAGAAAAAGAUCUCGAUGUGUUUGACCUGAAGAAAUACUCUGCUUCAGAGGAGGCUCUUCUGGGGCUGCUGCCAGUGGUCAAAGCAUCCAAGAAAGCUCUACUGAGUGGCUGUAACCUCUCAGAGAGAAGCUGU